UGGAAGCGGGGCGGAAUUUGGCAGGGCUGUUCGCUUGAGGGAGUGCGCGGUUGUUCGGGCGGCCAUUGCGGGUACCUUGUCGAAAAUCGUUUUCGCGAGUGAGAGUUCUGUGCUUGGCGAGCCUCAUCCAGGAAAACCAGAAAUCAUCCCAGUUACAAGGUGCUCCGUGUGAAGCCCGGGACGCGCAAACAACCCCGGCCCGAUGGCUGAAACCGACAAAUUGAACAUUGACAGCAUUAUAGCUCGGCUCUUAGAAGUCCGUGGAGCCCGACCAGGAAAAAAUGUUCAGCUGACGGAGGGUGAAAUUCGAGGACUUUGUUUAAAGUCUCGAGAAAUUUUUCUGUCGCAGCCAAUUUUACUGGAAUUGGAGGCACCUUUAAAAAUAUGCGGUGAUAUUCAUGGACAAUAUUAUGACCUGCUGCGUCUCUUUGAGUACGGUGGAUUCCCUCCGGAGAGUAAUUACCUAUUUUUAGGCGACUAUGUAGAUCGAGGGAAACAAUCUUUAGAGACAAUUUGUCUCCUUCUUGCCUACAAGAUCAAGUACCCUGAGAAUUUCUUUUUACUGAGAGGAAAUCAUGAAUGCGCGUCUAUCAAUAGGAUAUACGGUUUUUACGAUGAGUGUAAGCGUCGUUAUAACAUCAAGCUAUGGAAAACGUUCACGGACUGUUUCAAUUGCUUGCCAGUUGCUGCGAUCGUAGACGAGAAAAUCUUCUGUUGUCAUGGUGGUUUAAGCCCAGAUCUUCAAAGCAUGGAACAAAUUAGACGCAUUAUGAGACCCACCGAUGUACCUGAUCAAGGUCUUCUCUGCGAUCUGCUUUGGUCGGAUCCAGACAAGGAUACUAUGGGCUGGGGUGAAAACGAUCGCGGUGUCUCCUUCACGUUCGGUGCCGAAGUUGUUGCCAAGUUUCUGCAUAAGCACGACUUUGAUCUUAUUUGUCGCGCUCACCAGGUGGUUGAAGAUGGUUACGAGUUCUUUGCGAAGCGGCAGUUGGUAACCUUAUUCUCGGCGCCAAAUUACUGUGGAGAAUUCGAUAACGCAGGUGCCAUGAUGUCAGUAGACGAGACGCUAAUGUGUAGCUUUCAAAUCCUGAAGCCAGCCGACAAGAGGAAGUUCACAUAUGGAGGUCUGAAUGCGGGACGGCCGGUAACACCGCCCAGGGGUCCGAACAACAAAAAUAAAAAGAAGUGAAGCCUUCUAGAAUUGCUUCGAACGCGACAAUUAGGAUCUUAAGACCUCUUCCCCAACUCAACAUCCUUUAAGACUAUAAGCAGUCUGUAAGAAAGAGUAAUUAUUAUUACUGAUACAUCAUAACUAUCUGCGGAGCCAUCCACAAAGCAAUGAUCACUUUAACGUGUCAAAGAAGAGUUUCCGGAGGAUCAUUGUUCUUCGAAUGAAUUUUACGAAAUAAGGAUGAUCCAAAGAAAACACUGUCCCUAGUAGGAGCGAGUAGGUGGCCUUCAGAAAAGUACAAUGCAGAACAUUAGUUACGAGAAAAAGAAAAACGUUUAGAAACUCCACUGUAAGCGUAGAAUUAUAUACGCAUAUAUGCUUUUUACGACAGCGCGGGAGUUCUAGAUCGGAAGGAAAACUAGAGACAAAUAUAAAUGAGCAUCGACGUCGAAAGCAUCUUUUGGCCCGUGCAUCCAUCGCGAAAUGAUAUACGAAUCAGCGUUUUUUUCUUUUGAUUCUUUUUAAUGUUGAGUGAAGAAUGGCGUGGUGAAAUUGAUAAUGAAUGAAGCAAUUCCUCCUCGUUAUUCUUUUUGGCCCAAAGUCCAGGGUCAUUGUUAUAUGUUUUUUUUUUUUUUAUAUAAAUCAUUGUUGCAACUGAAAUUCACCUACCCGGCUGUCGUUUUCUUCUAAGGAUUUCUUAGAAUCGCGUCGAGCCCUGUCUUUAUUUUCGUCUUCGUUUACGCAACAAUAUUUAACAAGAGCGUAUUUAUAAUAUUCGAUACAUUUACAUAGCACUAACGACCAUUUUCAGCUAAUUGAAAAAACCAUCGUUAUCGCGGAAUUAUCGAGGAAUCGAACGAUUCGCGAAUUUAUUCGAAUUUACCGACUAGAGAACUUAUUUUACUGGACAAUAAAAAGAAAGAUACUUUCAAUUCGAAAUGUCUAGGACAGUAAAGUUUCUCCGGACACGUCUUCUGAAUUAUUAGACUUCAACUCGAGAUAAAGAAUGGAUUCGCUUUUACAUUUGUAUUCUUUGAAGGAGACACAUGCAAAUACAAGUUCUUUUCAGAUUACCAUUAAUGCGUUAAUUUCAUAAGAAGAAAACAUACAAUCCGUACCGAUACAUCUAUCGCAAGUCAAGGAGAAAUAAAUCUUAACGUCCAUCAGAAACAUCUUGUCGUCGUUUUUUCUGUCGUGAGAAAUUACGAGCUACUGAAUCAGAUAUAAUGAAUUAUUGCAACUGAGAGUCGUUCAUUAUUGAAUAAAUUGAUUUGAAUUAUCAAAAUUGAUUAGAGCUUUAGAUUAAUAAUAUACGCUCGUAUUUGCUCCGGACGGUAGUAAAGAACGUCGACUCGUGUUUAGCGAUUAUUCACCAGCAUCCUCGGAGAGAUCAUUAUCAUUAUCGGCUUCCACUUCGCAUUUUGAAUUACUGUCAUCGUGACCAUUGUGAAUUUUACUUUUUUAAUCCCCCAAUGCACCUCUAUUUCCCUAAGCACCAGUUGUACCGAAACUUUCACUCUAUUGACACUAUCGUGAAGCGAUACAGCAAAACCGCGAAAUCCACUCACGCACACAUCAUUGUACAUUCAUUUUUUUAUGAAUAAAGAUCACCAAAAAAAUAUAUAUUAAUCAGUAUCCUUCGUUUCUUCUCUGCUCAAGAAGAAACCACUUUGUCGGUUUCACUUUCCGUAGCGUAGAUAUAGUGAGUAAAAAAUUGUCGAGUCUCAAUUUUGAAGUCGUAGAGCGAACAUACUCCGGAUUUUAGAAUUGCAUUAUAAAUAUGACAGAAACAUAAUAGAAACCAUGAAUAUUCUGUGAUUAUCUACUAAGCUUUAUGAACGGCUGAUAUUAUUUCGAUCUGUGAAGUUAUAACUAUGAGGCGCCUGGCCAAAUCAAUUCUUGAUCUUUGGUUAAUGAAUAUUGUCAGUGAGUCUUGAUGAGAAUAUAUAAGAGCGUUUCAAAAAAU